UCAUACUGUCCCACUCACUCAAAGACCUCAUACACUCACGCAGCGAUUUCAGACACUUAGACCAGCGCUUCGUCACACAGACUUUAUCAGCGCUUUUAUUGCCACAGGUUAUCCCAUUGUGUCUCUCUUUGUCUGGGCUGAAUCUCCACCGUCCGCUCUGGGACUUGGCUUGGCUCUACCGUCUUUCAACCCCUCCCCCUACAGCAUCCGGAGGGUGGGACAGACUUCUUGCUGACCCACAAUGUUUCUGGUUCUUGUUGUGACGCCGGAACUAAGGGAGUUCUUGGCCAGAGCAAGGGGUGGAGCUGUCCGCCUCAUCAAGGUGCGGAUCCAGGAUGAACAGCUGGUGCUUGGGGCAUUCAGAGAGCCGACACAGAGCUGGGACCAGGACUAUGACCACUUCCUACUUCCUCUGCUGGACGACCAGGAGCCUUGCUACAUCCUGUACCGCCUCGACUCCCAGAAUGCCCAGGGAUACGAGUGGAUCUUCAUCUCCUGGUCUCCUGACCAAUCUCCAGUGAGACAGAAGAUGCUGUACGCUGCCACCCGUGCCACAGUGAAGAAAGAAUUUGGUGGUGGUCAUGUGAAGGAUGAGAUGUUUGGCACAGUGGAGGAGGACAUCUGUCUCGAGGGCUACCACCGUCACGUGUCCUCCAGCUCCGGCCCUGCCCCACUCACAGCUGCUGAACAGGAGCUGCGGAGAAUCAAAAUCAACGAGGGAAGGGUUAAGCAGGUGAAAACAGAGACCAGUUUGGAGAGUAAGCACCAAACACUGCAGGGCCUUGCUUUCCCACUGCAGGAGGAAGCCAAACAGGCACUACAACAACUUGCACAGAAAGGCAUCAACUACAUACAGCUGAAGUUGGACACAGAGAAAGAGACUAUAGAGCUGGUCCAUUCUGACCCAACAGAGACCCGUGAGCUGCCUUGCAGGGUUCCCACGGACACGCCCAGAUAUCACUUCUUCCUCUAUAAACACUCUCACGAAGGGGACUACUUGGAAUCUGUUGUGUUCAUCUACUCCAUGCCAGGGUACAGCUGUAGCAUUAAGGAGCGGAUGCUGUACUCCAGUUGUAAGAGUCGACUGCUGGAUGAGGUGGAGAAGGAUUACCAUCUGGAGGUUGCCAAGAAGAUGGAGAUUGACAGUGGGGAUGAGUUGACAGAGGAGUUCCUGUAUGAUGAGGUCCAUCCUAAGCAGCAGGCUUUCAAGCAGGCCUUCGCCAAGCCUCGUGGCCCAGCAGGGAAGAGAGGCAACAAGCGUCUCAUCAAGGGCCCUGCGACUAGGGAGAGCAGGCCGGAGAGCUAGAGAGAGGGACAGAGGUCGUCUCGGCAGCUCUUCCCUGAAUCCUCCUCCUGUUGCCACGUCCUCUGGCAGCUUGUUUGGCCACGAAGAAGGAAAAGGAGAAGAAC